AUGAAGAAAGGAAAAAAUGAAAAAGAAAAUGAAAAAAAAAUAAAAAUAAAAAUGAAUAAAACAAAAAAAGAAAGUAUUCAGAACUACUGCAAAUUAAUAAAUAAAAACAUUAAAAACAUAUCUGAAGAUGAAAUAAAAACAGCUUGUCUCUUUGAAAAAUUGAUAAAAAAAUAUAAUUUACAGGUAGUAGAAAGAAUCAAUGUACCCCUAAAUUUUUCAUCCAAUUACUUUUAUAAUUAUUAUUAUAAAAAAAAUAAGCCAGUUAUUAUUAGUAACUUAAAUCAUAAAAUAGGGAAAUGCUUAAAAAAAUUUGAUAAUAAAAAUAUUAUUAAAAACAUAGGAAAAACAAAAGUGAGCAUACAUGUUAGUAACUCUAAAUUCUUAAAUAAUGUUAAUAAAAAUUUUCGUUAUGUUUUAUCAUCAUUAGAAGAUUUUAUUUUUUUAAUUUCAGAGGAAGAUAAAAAAAAAAAAAAAUUUUCAGUUAGUUAUCACAAAGGGAAAAUAUAUAUAACACUAAAAAAUACAAGUACUAUUGAAGGAAAAAAUAAAAAGGAAAAUAAAGAAACUAACAACAGUGAAGACAGAUGUUAUAAAGUUAAAAAUGAAAAUUUCACUAAUAAUUAUCAUAUAGAAAACAAAAUUCCAUUGAACACUAACAGAAAUGAAAUUAAUAACUUUUUUAUGAAUCAGAUAAAAGAAAACCAAAAUGAACAUAACAAUUAUUAUUAUUAUAGAUCAUUAGGUGUAAAUCAUUUUAAAGAUGUAUCAGAUAUAAAAAAAAUGGAUUCUUUCAUUAAAGAUAAUUUUUUUUUACCUAAAGAAAUUUAUCCUUCAUAUGAGAAUUUUGAAUUUUUUUCAUCAAUUUUAAGAAUUGGUCAAACAAACAUUUUUAUUUGGUUACAUUAUGACAUACCGGAUAAUUUUUUAAUUCAAAUAAGAGGAAGAAAAAAAAUUUUGUUAAUUCAUCCGAAAUUCAUAAAAUACUUUAAUAUUAUUGAUUCUUCUUCUGUUUAUAAUUUAUUUCAUAUUUUAGUUAAGAAAAAUUUAAAUAAAAAAGAAAGAAUUAUAAAAAAAAUACUUAUAAAAUUUGCUUUAGUGGCUGAUUUAUUUGAAGGAGACAUUUUAUUUAUUCCUUCACUAUGGUUGCAUUAUGUUUACAAUAUGCCUUCACAUACUUAUAUAAAAAAAAAAUAUAAUAAUCUCCACCAGCACUUGGUUAUUAACAAAAAAAAUUUAAUAUAUAAUAGUUCAAAGAAUUGUAAGGAAAAAAAAAAAAAACAUAAUACAAACAAUUUUUAUUUAAAUUCUAAAUUUAAAAAUGUAAAAAAAAAUAAAUCAUUAAGAACUUGGUUACAUUUAAAAGAUAGGAAAACUAUUUUAAAUUAUUUUUUUUUCAAAAAUACAAAAAACUUAAAUAAAAAAAUAUUUUUCAGUAAGUAUAAAAAAAAUCCAUUAAAAUUACAUUCAAAUGAUAUCUUAAAUAUUAAUAAAGUAGACGAAUGCAAUUAUAAAAUUCCUGUAGAUCAAAUUAUUGAUAAAGAUGAUUUAAUAAAGCAUUAUAGUCACUUAGAAAAUUAUGAAGAAUAUUUAAGUAAGAUGUUCAAUAUUUCCAUUAAUGGAAACAUUUGGGAGGAUAAUAAAGUUAACUUUAGUAAACUAGAAGAAGAAAGAAAAUUUGAAAUCAAAAAAAAUGAAGAAAAUGAAGAAAAUGAAGGAAAUGUAGAAAAUAUUAAUAAUAUGAGAAAAAACAAAUGUGAAUAUUUAAAAAAUAGUGGUAUAACUGAAAACGAAAACAGCAAUAAAGUAAAAAAAAAAAAAAAAAGCACUUGCAAGGAUUUUUGUUUAAAUACUAAAUUAAAUAUUAGUGUUAAUUACUUUUUUAGAAAAAAAAAAGAAAUAUGUCUAUUUAAUAAAAAAGAUUUAUAUGGGAAUCAAGAUAUUAAUGUUGCUAAUCAAAUUUUUAAAAAAAUUCAAAAAGAAAUAAAACCCAUAGUAUCAAUGUCAUCUAAUUAUAAAAAUUUUUAUUUGCAAAAAAUCCAAGGAUUACUUUAUUCUUAUCUUGAUGAAGAGUAUAUAUAA